UCAUGCUCAUUAAAAUUAGGAGGAUACCUGAAACUCCAUAGAAUAUGCGAAGGCUUGAAUAUUUUUUUGGAAAAUGCCCAGAAGCAACACUCCCAAGUUCCAUCAACCAGAAAACAAAUGUGUUCCCAUAUUUAUAUUUUGUUUUCAUUUUGCUUUGACUCAAGAGCCUGCGGCGCACUUGCGAAAUGUUUACGGCGCAUCAGGGCGAGGCGGCGCACAGUUUGGGAAGCACUGAAUUAUUUUUUUUGUCUGUAUUAACGAGAUGUUUAACCCUAGGCUAGUUCAUCUCAGGACACACGCUUUACUUCCCUUCCGAAGGAAACACCAACAUUUUGUCGGGAGUGGGAUUCGAGAUCCCAGGUCCUCGGCGUGAUAGUCUUGUGUUCUAACUACCACACCAGGUUCGCUCUACAGCACUGAAUUAGGCUAUCAAACUGUUUUUUAUAAAUGGAAUGCUGCACUGCACCUCAGCCCAUGGAAUAAAAAGAGGAUCUAGUGAAAUAAAGACAAUGAAUUUUUUUUGUGACUUUGGGGCUCUCUCUUUACCUCAGCUCUCCAGGAUUGCUCACUGUUUUACUACAUGUAAACUUUCGAUACCAACCAACAUAGACAAAGUGUGUCAUAAAAGUAGCAUUUAAUGUAGUGUAUGGUAUUCAUUUAUCGCUGUUCGGGAUAAUAUUGAAGCAUAUUGGCCGUAACCCUAUAUCUUAUCUUUGCUUCGAUUAUCAUGUCGCAAAAAACGAAAAUUCUUCAGUUGUAAUCCGUUUGUGUUCCAAUUUUGACCGUAUUGAGAUUGCCCUGGAUCGUAGAGAAAAGCUCGAAAUCCCAUCAUGAACAAGAAUCGUCCCUUGCCACCGCCGAAACCUGGAUCGCACGAAUUCGAACAAGAGUUGCCUCCACCUUUACCGCCAAAAAAAUAUAAAAAUAAAUCAUUUAGCAACCAGCAAAAAGUUACAUUGACAAAAGGGAAUCAAAUUGGAGACAGUAAAGUUCAGAAAUUAGUGCAGGAGUUCCAAGGAUUGAUAACUAAAAGCAUGAAUGCAGAGCCAGACUGUCCAAAUAAUGUGAUCAACCCGACGACUACUGACGAUCACAUCUACGAUGAAGUUUCGUUCAGAUCAAGUACCUCUGGUUCCUGCAGUGCUGAAACAGAAGAGCAAUGGAGUGAUUUUUCAUCUGAUUCCGAGUAAGCAUUACUACGACGCCGUAGCCUUCGAUGUAAUGGAUCCCAAUGAUAGCCUAGCCAAGUAUGAGCGACAAAACUCAACACUGAAAAACGCUGUUGCUGAACUUCUAGAAAAAGAACAAAAUUACAUAGACGGACUGAUGAAUGGCAUACUGUACUUCAUUCCUUUAUUGGAGCGUGCAAUUCUUCCGGAGGGCUUACGUGGGCAAAGAAACAAUCUGUUAACAAACAUAGAAGAAAUUCACAAGUUUCAUCAAGACGAGUUCCUACCCGCACUACAAAGUUGUAACGAAAAUGUGGAUCAAAUUGCGGAAUGUUUCAUCCGUUUCAUUGAUUCGGAUAAAUUCUACUGCUACGUGAAGUAUGCAAUGAAUCGACGAAAGGCGGAUACAAUUUUUGAAAGACAUCGACAAUAUUUUACGCAAAACCAAAUGGUGAUGCAGAGCUUUCCUCUACUACCAAUCCAACAGCUUCCGCGUUACAAACUGUUCAUGGAAAAAUUUAUCAAAGAAACUCUGAAACUGGAGGAUGACAUAAAUACGGCAUCGAACACAUCCAGCAUUCACAAAGCACAUGAAAUGAUAAGCCAAUUGAAUGACCUGGUAAACGCAGCAGUAUCAAUAUGCCAUAUUCCAGAAUGUGAGAGUGAAUUCGUGGCUACUACUUCGUUUUCGCAGUCGUAUUCAGGUUUUAACCGCGAAAAUGAUCAAGUUUCUGUUUUGAUUUUGAAGCCUGAAAGUAAUAAGCAAUCUUCUCGAAAUAAUCCGAUAGACCUUUUUGCCCAGGGUAAGUUUACCCAAGUACUGGAAACGGACAUUUACGAUACGGCUCACUACCGGUGGUACAAAGCGAGAUUUUUCGUGUUCGAAAAACUCAUAAUCUACACUGAAAUUGUCAAAGAUACUUUUCCCUAUCGUGGACAUUACUUUGAUUCGGAAAUCAACCAUUGGACAGAUCAUAAAAAGCUGCACUUGUUCUGCCUGCAGCGAGGAACACAGGAAAUUCAAAUGCACUACAACAAAUCCAUCGAAGCUACUGUAACAGCCAUUCGGCAGCGUGUAACUCCACAAUUCUCCCCAGAAUCAGAAAUCGUCAAAUUGUCAAAACCCAUUCAAGCAAUGAUCAAACCGGAUUUCGAUAUGGAAAAUAGCAUCACGGCAAUGGUUAACUCGCAAAUUCAGUUUGUGAAAACCUUUAGAGAAAAUGUUGACUUUUAUUUAGAAAUUGAUGCUAAUUUCCAAGUUACUCAUUUUCGUAAAUUCAGGGAAGUUUGCUUGAAUAUGCUACAACAACAUGAGCGUGUUUUAUCUGAUUUAUCAUCUAAUGCUAAAAAUAUGUCAAAAAUUUGUACAAUGUUCUUGCAAUAUGUCAAGGUCGAUUUUCCUUGUAUUUAUGGAGAAUAUUUGAAAACUGUCCAUGCAGGGAAAUUCAUCAGAACUCGAAUCACUCCAAACGUUGUGGACGUCUUAUCGAUAGAUGACUUCUUAUACCUCUGUAUCGAUAGGUUAGAGGAUUUCACCUUAUUUUUCACAGCGUUGACCGAACAUUUAUCGGAAAUCAUCACCAAAAACGUAUUAUUUGAUAAAACCCUAUUUCAACAAGUGGCCAUUGUCCAAGUUCAAUUGGAGAAAUUCUCUCAUAGCGUUGGCGAAAACUUCCGUUUGCUGUGUCUGGAUGAUGGCGUCAGCAGUUGUGGUUUGGCUUUGGUCAGCGAGCAGAUUAAGAUACAGUCAGGUCAGCUGCGAACAACCAAUUGUAGGAUUUUUAUUUGUGAACGAGCAAUCGUUUGUGUCGCCUGCAGCUUUGAGAGCCGACUAACAAAACGAAGUGAACGAUUCGAUGAAGUAGUGUUUUUCGACAGGUUUUCCGGAAGUGACCAACCGAUGCGAAUGAGAAAAAGCAUGAGAUACAAGGAUAUGAUUUAUUUUACGAUUGAAGGCACAAAGUAUAGUGUUAAAUUUAAGAACAAUCAAGCUAGGGAUAAGUUCCAUGCUAAUUAUGUACAGCAGUAUGUUUCGGUUGGAAAAUAAAUGUGAUAUUUUUGUUAUGUUUGUAACUUAAA